CUAAAGUCCUCCCCCAACACCCCUCCCACCACACACCCUCCUUCCAGAAGUCUGCAGACGGUUUAGUACAUGCCCAGACGAUCACCACAGAGCCAGUGAGCCAUCUUUGUACACCUCUUCUAAGUGUUUUAGAUUGUGAAAGAUGUCAUCCUCCGAAUCUGACACAGAUACCUCCACCCAUUUAAUUGCUACUCCAAGCCCAGAUCUUCCCGAUCUCAUAUUAACGGAGAGCCCAGCAGUGUCUCCUAGCAGUCAGGUGACUACACCUGCGCUAUUGACCGAUGAUACUAAAAAAGAAAAGGACAUAGAGGAGACCAUGACACAAAAUUUGUCCACGAGUGAGGAUACUGGUAGUUCGAGGUCAAAAACCUCAAGGAAGCGGACCCAAAAGAAUCCUGCAACAGAAAAAACCUCCAGCAAGAAAUCUAAGAAAACCAAAGACAUAGCAUAUCAAGUGGACCCAUCAGCGUUCCUCACAGAGGAUGUUAUUCACUAUGUCCAAGAAAGGCCAUGCCUAUGGGAUAAAUCCCAUCCUAAGCAUCACGACAAUAUAUGUACAAGGAGAAGAUGGGAGGAGAUUUAUCUCAAACUAUUUCCAGAUUUCUUAAGAUAUAAUGACAGUCUUCAAGAGGCCAUAGCUAUCCGCAUAGAGAAAAGCUGGCGGUCAGUCCGAGACAGCUUUUUUAAGUGGCUACGGGACUCAAAUUUACCAAGUGGCUCUGCUGCAAAACAGACUACCUACAAGCAUGCUGAACGGCUGUCGUUCCUGCAAAUGCGAGCAACAAUUUCAAAUAUAGCAGCAACAACUACUUCCCCACAACGGGAAAAUAUAAAUUUAGAGGAGGAGGAACCAGCUGAGGAAGAAGCUGGACCAUCACAUACACAGGCCAGUGGACAUCAAUCUACAGUAUCAAGUGGACUUCGUGCAACUCUUAGCCACAAGCACAAGUCUAAAAAAUUUAAUGUAUCAAAAUUGGUCAAGUGUGUUCUGGACGCCAUUGAAAAAUUAGAAAAUAUGUGUUCCAGCAAAUUUUUACACUUGGAUGUUCGCGUCAUGAGAUUGGAGGGGAUGAUUAGUGGCCCCACUCCAAGCCCAUGUCGGGAUUUCCUAAUGACUCUCAUACCAUCAAUGGAGCGGAUGUCUGAGGAGCAACAAGCUCUCUAUAAACAAAAAAUUAUCAAAUUUACCCAUGAUUUUCUAAAUCCCACCCCUGCUCAACCUGCUUCUAUGUAUCCCCCACCAUCCCCAUCCUUCCAAACCCAGAGGCCAAGAACCUACAUGCCACCAUUCCCUCAACGCUAUGACGAAACCUUUGAGGGAGAGGAAGGGCAGGUAUACCCUCGAAUAUAAGAUAUUUUUUUUUUUUUUUAAAGGUCUCUUGCACUAGGUUGGUUUUUCACAGUUUACAUGUAUAGUUCAUGUUACAUGUACUUUUUAUAAAAAGUUUUAUAUAAUGUUUAUAUGUGACUCAUAUUUAAAAAAAAUACA